AUGGUGUCUGCUACAACAUCAGAAGCUGCGGGGGCAACGACCAUCCCUCAUGGCGAGACUGGCAUUCGGGGACUCUUGCGUCAGCCCUACAUCUUGUUUAUGGCGGUCUUUGCUAGCAUUGGUGGGAUGCUGUUUGGUUACGACCAGGGGGUGAUUAGUGGUGUUCUAGUGAUGAACAAUUUUGGUAAACAAUUUCCCCUUCUCGCCUCAAAUUCAACACUACAAGGAUGGAUGGUAGCUGUCCUUACCCUUGGAGCUAUGGUUGGUGCACUGGCAAAUGGUCCCAUUGCCGACCGUCUCUCACGACGAUGGUCCAUUCUUCUCGCCAAUGGUAUAUUCCUUGUCGGUUCGAUCAUCCAAGCUGCCGCCAAAAACAUCGCCAUGAUUUUUGUCGGUCGUUUUAUCGCUGGUCUGGCCAUUGGUGGGCUGUCCAUGGUGAUCCCACUGUAUAUCAGCGAGCUGGCACCGACGAACGUUCGAGGUAGCUUGGUCUCGUUGCAACAACUCAGUAUUACUUUUGGUAUCAUGAUUGCUUUCUGGAUUGACUACGGAACACAACACAUUGGAGGAACGGGGGACAAUCAGUCUCCAAUUGCUUGGAGGCUCCCCCUUGCCUUGCAGUGUAUUCCUUCUUUGGUCCUUUCGGUGGGUACACUCUUCUUGCCAUAUAGCCCCCGGUGGCUGCUUUUGAAAGAUCGCGAAGAGGAGGCAGAGGCAACAUUGCUUCGCAUUCGUCGUGUCCCGGAUACAGACCCCUGCAUCAGACUUGAGCUCCUCGAAAUCAAAGCAGCAGUGCAAUUCGAUCGCGAGACAGCCUCAGUCCUCUAUCCCCAUGCGACAACGCCCCUCCAGGUAACGAUAGAGAGAUACAAAUCUCUCAUAACGGUCCGACAUCUCAAUCGCCGUUUGCUUAUCGCAUGCUUGAUGCAAUUCAUCCAACAAUUUACCGGUAUCAAUGCUAUUAUCUACUACGCACCCACAAUCUUCAAGAAUAUCGGCAUGACCGGUGAGUCAGUUGACCUCCUUGCAACUGGUGUGGUAGGAAUAAUCGAUUUUGUCUUUACAAUCCCUGCCAUCUUGUUCAUGGACCAAUGGGGUCGCAAGAAAGUGUUGAUCGUCGGUGGUAUCGGAAUGUCCAUCUCUCAAAUUCUCGUUGCAACAAUAUAUGCGGUAUACAACGGGUCUUGGGAGAGUCAUCCGGCUGCUGGAUGGGCAUGUGCUGCAUUCGUGUGGGCCUACAUUGCAAAUUUUGCCUUCAGUAUCGGUUGUGUCAAUUGGAUUAUUCCAUCUGAGAUCUUUCCUCCGGGUGUUCGAUCACAGGCCGUGGGACUGGCAAUCGGCACUAAUUGGCUGAGCAAUUUCAUUGUAGCAUUGAUCUAUCCAAGGAUGCUUGCAGCCAUCAAGUAUGGCACUUUCUAUUUCUUUCUUGGUGGGGCUUACCUCCUUUGUAUUGCGCAUUUUCAAUGGAUGAAAAACUUACUUGCAAAUGUAGCAUUUUGUCUCUUCCUCAUUGGCUGGGUAUAUUUCUUCGUCCCGGAGACACGGGGCGUUGGUAUCGAGGAGAUGGAUAAGCUCUUCGGGGGAAACCAAGGAGAAGUUGAUAUGAUAAGAAUGGCAAAUAUCAGACGACGAGUUGGUAUUACACCCGAUGGCCCCGAAGACUCCGAUGUCAAGGACCUCGAUAUUGGCAUUUCGCAGAUCGAGCAUGUCUGA